AUGGACAGAGAUCUUCAGAGACGGAGCACCGUCUCGGUGCAGUCGUCCGCCCCUUCGUCGCUGCGACACUGCGUAUAUCCGACGCCCGCUGAAAGACGGGAAAGACGCUCUCUGAGACACAGCCCGAAGAAAGCCAGGCCGGUGUCUCUUCAGCCUGCCGCCGUCACCCGUGUCAAGGGAGAUAUCGCAAUGGAUUCGCGAACGAGCACAGAUAUGUCCUGCACCGAGGAUUUGCCUUCCAUGACCGCUUCGCCAAAGUCGGUCUAUUCACAAACCCCUCGAUCAAAAACCCCCGAGACCUCUGCGACCCUGGUCAACCCUUCGUCCUCCCUGUUACAAGAUCUCUUGAAAGAACAACGUGCGUCGCGAGGCUCACGAGGAACCAUGUCGGAAGAAUGCGACGAUAGCGCACCCCGUACGCCGGAUCGCUCUCGUUCCGAUUCUCAUUCGCAAUCCCAGUCCCAAUCCCGAGACGAUCCAGGUUCGGAGAGACAACGCAAGAUCCAUAAUGCGCUUUCUUCCGGUCUUAAACAGCCACGAGAGAUGGGGAUGCGGGAGACGGAUCAAUACAUCUCCAAAAUCAAUAAGCAAAAUUUUGACUUGAAACUCGAGAUUUUUCAUCGCUCCCAACAGAUCGUAGCCAUGGAGAAGAAACUUGAACGGAUGGCCGAAAUGGAAGAGGAACUUCGGCGAAUGCGACAGAUGGAGGAUGAGCUCCAGGAACUCCGGGAGGCCGAAGAGGACAACCUGAGGCUACGAGACUCCAAUGAACAACUGCGACAAGAGAUUGACAAGCGGGAUCAGGCGGUGACAGAGGCUGUGGAUCUGAUCUGCCAGCUGGAAGCCAAAAUGGAAGAACUGGAAGCGGGCCAGGAUGCGUCUCGCCCUUCCAGUGCUCGCAGCCCUAGUGAUGACUACGACUUUGCGACACCAAAGAACAAGCCAACCUUCCAGAUCCCCGAACGCCGGUCCUCCAAACGCAGCUCCGUGUCCGGUGAAUAUCGCCGUGUAUCAUCUGGCUCGCGCAGUCUCAAGAGGCCGCCGUCAUUCCUCACCGACCGGAGAGAGAGUACUGCAGCCCUACGGAGCCUCUAUGCCCCGGCUGACGAUCAUUGUGCCACGAGUGUGAUCACGAAGUCUGACAGUCUGAAUUCUAUGAAUGAGACAUCUGACAUUGAAUCGCCAAGACUCAGUGCUCUGAGCGAAUGCAGCGAAUUAAAUCCUUACACCGAUGGCACCGGAGGAGGUGAUGGAUUUGACCAGAUCAUGAUUCCAGUUCGGAAAAGAGAGCCGCCCCCGGAGAAGUCUGGCUGUUCUAUGUCAUCGAGCGAUGCUUUAGAGGACCGUCAAAUCGCUGACUGGAUCCAACCCCAGCCGGACCCCUUUACCAACGAAAUCCCGCAAGCGAAAGCGCCAUCGUUGGAUGUUUUCCGAGAAUCACAUAAACCGAAUUUUGAUAGCGAUUCGUUCUUGAAUGGUUCUAGCCAAAGGACGCCACUGGACAGUGUGUUUGGGAGCAUAAGACUUCCGCCUACCCCGGACACAAUGAGCACAGCAUAUGCAGGAGGCGGGAACGGGUCCAAUGGCAGUGCCGACAAAGGCCGGGGUGAUCAGAUUCAUUCUGUGAAACGAAGGCUGGCGCGUCCCCGUUCUGCCGGCGAAUUGACAACGAGGCAAAGCUCCGCUAACAGCAACCUAACGGAUGACAUGAACACCGAUGCAAGCAAGGUUACAUUGCCUCGGCGCAGCCUCGAAGAGAAGGAAGAAAUACCCGCUAUAUUCCCGCUGGACAGCAUCACAUCCAGAACGGGAGCCCUUCUCAGCCAAGAAUCAAUCAUCAAGCCCAGCUUCGGUCAUUACGGAGGCAACGAGAUAUUCAACCCCCAUGGUCUGGAGAGAGUAUUCUCGAAAAUGGACCGGAACCACUAUUCACCGGCAAUGUUCGAAGCAAGACGAAAGGGCCCUGCCGCGUCGCCGCCGCUUACUCCGCAGGACUGGGUCGAAGCGGCGAAGUCAGGGAGUCCUGCUGUGAAUGACCAGGCCGGCGCUCCUCCAGCUGGCCCUCUCCCGGCAGGGUCACGGCUCGUCGGUGCUCGGGCCCCAAGUCAAUCAUCUUUCCUUGGUCGACGGCAUAGCAUCGAUUCGGCCGUCCGAGACAUUGACCUUCCCAUAGUCCCGACCCUCGAGCUGAGCUCUUUGGAGCGCGAUCCCCAGUCUGACCCUGACCCUGACCCCGAGCCGUCUCGUCGGAGAAUAAGUCUUCGUCCAUUCUUCAACCGCUCAGGAAGCUCGCGACGUCUGCAGGAGUCUCCGACUCUCGACUUCCUAGAUAAAGAUGACUGCGCACCUGCUCCCGUUGUUAGGAAAACCAGACAAAUAGCCAAUUCCAAAGCCAUACGAGCAAGUCAAAACUUCGAAGACCCAAAAACGGCCUCGUAUGGCAAUCUUUGGGCAUCUGCACCAACCUACGCGGACCCGGCUGAGGGCCCCUCACACAGAACCCUUCCUCAGUCCUCAAUAGAAAGCAGCUUCACCUCGAACGGGACUGUAGUCAAAAACCCGCCCCCGCAUGCCAAAGACCACAAGAGAAGAACCUCUUUGGGGAUUUUCGGCUGGGUCAAAGAAGCGAGUGGGCUCGGGUCUCUUGGGAAGAAAUCCGAAUCCGCGGAUCCAAUGGCAUCAUCUCAGUCUACCAGCGGAAUGAGCAAGAGUCGAGCAUCUUCUCGUCUCGGUCAAGAUGGUUCAGGUCCGACUACAACGAUCCCCGAGACAAACAGCGAGUCCGCUACUUUGGCCGAUAUGAAUAUCGUGGUCGAAGACUUCGCAUAUAAUCCCAAACGCAUGUCUCGAGCGGAUGAAGAGGAACCUGGACGACGGCCACGAUAUAUGGAACGACGUUCACGACGGGUCUGA